AUGGAGAGUUUGAUGUGGAGGCCCACGGCCGCCGAGCUGGCAGCGGCAACGGCAAUGGCCCGGCGCCCACAAAACAGACCGUCUCAGCACUUACACGUAGCGAAGCAGAGACAUGCCGAUGCGAUGAAAGCGAUCGUUUUGGGCUCACCAGACUUGCCUCGCGGCUUGACUUUCUCCCAACAGCGCGAAGUUGCUCUUCGCGACUUCAUCCGCCGCAACCAAGAUCUGGCGGCCACUGCUGACACCAUCAGCCCCGCGAACCUCGAGGCGGUGGUUUCACAGAUGUCAGAAGUUUCGCCGCGCACGAAGCCCGCUCGCCUUCGUCGUACCUAUCCGCCCCCUCGACCAGCUCCAUCCAUCGGUUGGACGCCAGACCUAAUGCCCACCAUCAAUCGUGCCGCAUCACGAGCUGAUGAUGGGCUCAGGUUCGUGUUCGACGGUUCGAUGUACGCGGGAGCGAGUGCGCAGCGACCUCUGGUGAUCGACGACCACGACGACCACGAUGCAGUCCCGCGCUCGAAUGUCCCGCAGGCCCACGUCGCUCACUGGAAUAUGCCGCAAAUGAACAUCCCCCAAAUCAUCACCCCACAAUCGAACAUGCCGCAGUCGAACAUGCCGCAGUCGAACAUCCUGCAGUCGAACAUCCCGCAUUCAAACGGUAUGCCCUUCGCACAACAGCGAUACCCACUGCGCAGCAAGGGAGCUGUUCAGACUCAGUCACUCGCGUUUCCCGAGCCUGCGCCCAUUGAAGCAUCCGCACUGUUUACCCCGACUCAGACCGUCACGGCACAGAUUGAAACCCAUGGACUCGAGCCUGUUUCCGACUUCGGACGCAUCGAAGCCCCCGCUCUAUCCACUACGGUACACACUGUCACAGUUCAAGAGCCGGAUCUCCAACUCAAGCCUACUACUCGCUCGGGCACGUGCGUAGAGCAGGCAAUCGACCUCGACGCAGAAGGCGUUGAUCACCCGCAGCUCAACCAGACAAUGCACUACUCUGGGUCAGCAGCGCCACUGCAGAACUCAAUGCUUGCUGCAGCUGCACCAACCAAUAUGAGCGUCAACGCGCCAUGGAAGUAUCCGAGGUUGCAUUUUCCCUGCGCAACCAUGCCGGCGCGGUCCGCGAUAGCUCCAGCUGCGCCGACCAAACCACUUACCAAGAAGGAGAAGAGGGCAGCAAAAGCUGCUGCCAAUACUUCCGAGAAACAGCGGGUCCAGAAAGCAAAGCAGCAGGCUAAGCAGAAGCAAAUGGAGCUGCCAUCGAGGUCCGCGAGCACCCGGAAAGAUCGCAUUGACACUCAGGUUUCGCAAGUCCGUCAACGCUUCUUCGCUCGCGCUAAGAACGAGAUGCACCAGGGCAGCCGUUCGUACCCGGUUGUCAUCGAAGCGCUACAAGGAGCGAUCACAGACCUCCAGAUGGAAGAGCUGCUCUAUCAAACAGCCCAGCGCGCGCCGCAGGCAUCACCAGCGCCACCAACGGUAGCUGUCCCGGCUUUCGCUGAAGCGUCAGCCUCACGGAGGUUCUGGGGGAUGCCAGUCGGGUUCGUCGCCAAGGGGAUGGCUGCUCUCAGGCAGCAUCUCGAUCAUGCUGAUGCUGCCAAUGCUGCUGCCCCGGAGUCGAAUGCUGGUCGUCCAGGAGGUGGUGGUGGCAUGCAUUGA